AUGAAAAGAAGUUUAUUAAGUUUAAAAUAAAAAUAAGCAUAAAAGAAAGAAAAAUCUUCUUCUUAAAAUUAAACAAUGGAUAAUUAAAAUGAUGAAUAUCCAGAAGAUUUUGAAUACUAUGAUGAUUUUGAAGAUUAUGAUUCAGAUAAUGACUUUUAAAAUGAAACUGUUAUUAAUGAAGAAAUUUUAGGUGAUGAAAUGGAUGGUACAAGAUUAACUUAAAGAUAAUCUGAUUAAGAUUUAUAGAGUGUUGUAGAAGUAUAUAAAAAUGAAUUAGCAAAAGCAAAAAGUGGUAAUGAAACUUUAGCAGGUAAAUCAUCAAUUUCUUCAAUACUUUAGAAAUCUAAGAAGAACCUGAAUCAUCUUCAUAUUCUUCCAGCUUUUAUAAGACUGAUGAAAAAUUUAAGCCAAAAAUAUCCAUGAUAGAAAACCUAAAAAAGAGUAUCUUAUAAUAAAUCCCUUAAGAUUUAUUUAAUAUCGCUUACAAUAAAAUAUUAAGUGCAAUUGAGAAAAAAUAAAGUUCUUAAGAAGUAAAAAUAUGUUUCAAUUAUUCUGUAGAUGUAUAAAGAUUUAAAAUAAAUUUUGGGUAAAAAAUACUCAGGAGCUGGAUUUUAAAUAGAAUAAUUGAUAUAUCAGGAGUAAUUAUAUAAACACUUUCAAAACUGA